AUGGAUGACAAAAGUGACAGCUUAUUUAAAGAAUUGGAAGAAUCUUAUUGCCCACCUCUUGACGCAGCGCUCUUCACCGCUAUCGUCUGCGACUAUGACCUCACAGACGCGACUCAGGUCCAAGACCUUCGAGACACCCUAGAUACACUCAAGCUGUCCGCAUGGGAGCAGGAAGGACUUCCUUUCGAUCCUUCUGGGACGAGCGGCUUAGGAUCGGUGGAAGGUCUCGAUGUGGACGGCAUCCCAUCGGAGCGCAGCGUGUCGCAAAACGGCACCAUACCGUCGCGCGAAACAGACUUGACCAGCCUGGUGUCCGAAUUCUCCUCAUCCAGCGUCAAUGACCAGAACAAGAAUCAUAGGAAAGACCAAUCUGGGCUCUCCGAGCGCGUGUCAUAUACAGUUGCUGCUGAUGGCUCUCUGCGUCUUUCCGGGGCGACCCAAGAAGAUAAGAUCGCGUACUUGACGGAAAUGUUCCCCUCGGCGGACUAUUACACCAUACAGCAUACAUUGCAAAAGUCUAGUGGAGAUGUAGACCGAUCGAUGGAUGUUCUGCUUAAUCUUGUCUUCUUCGACGAGCAGCCCUCGAACGAGCCCGACGCCAAGGUUGCGAUCCCGAAAGGAAUUGACGGCUUCCAGGACGGCUUAGAUGCCGAAAUCUCGCGUAAAAAGGGUCGCAAGCGCAAGGGCAAGAACAAACUCGCUAGGAGCCAAGAAGUGUCUGCUUUUGAUUCGGAAGAGUUGGAGUCGCCUCGCCCCGUCAACAAAUGGGAUUCUGCCCAGAGAGAUGUUGACUUCAUCCAUUCGCGGACUUCGCCUAUUCUAAAGAAAGAAACAGUCACGUCUACGUACCAUGCCAACGGAGCUUCAUUGUCUUCUACCAUUCGGUCUCUCGCUAGCGCCUCUGCUCCGGUAAAAGAAGAAGAUAUCAAACAAGACCCGGUCACGUUGGCCCAGGUGGCCGAGCUGAUGCAGGAAUUUCCCUCCAUUCCUCCAACAACAUUCGCCGGUCUUCUUAUGAUUACGAGGAGCUCAACCUCUGCCGCCAGUGAAUUGGCAGAUGCGAUGCUAACCGGACCGGCCACUCCGUCCGUAUCCGAAUUGAUUAAGAUAACCGCAGCACCACUGCCACUUGACAUGGACGACGAAGCGCCGUCGCAGCGGAAAGCCGCAGCGCGGAUCGCUCGAGACUACACGACGGUACGUAGCACGGCUGGUGCACACUUCGCAGCCGGUGCCGAGGCCCUCUCUAAAGCCUCAAUGGCCUACAAACGUGGCAAAUCUGAUCGAUACAUGGGCGGUGCGGCUGCCUACUAUUCCUCCGUGGGACGAGACCACCUGGAGCUGGCCAGGCGCAAUGCUGCAGAGGCCGCUGACGCCUUGGUGGACUCGCAGUCGUCAUCCAACAUGUUGGAUCUACACGGAGUUUCGGUACAGGAUGCCGUUCGCAUCGCCGGCGACCGGGUCACAGACUGGUGGGAGUCUCUGGGGGAUGCCAAGUAUGUCCGAGGGGGCAGUGGUUCCAUCCGUGGAGGAUAUCGCAUUGUCACCGGACUUGGGCGCCAUAGCCACGAUGGUACCUCCCGCCUCGGUCCAGCUGUGGGUAAGAUGCUGGCUCGUGAGGGCUGGAGGGUGGAGGUUGGGGAGGGUGUUCUGACAGUUACUGGCGUGGUGCGACGUCGUUGA